CGUGGAGAAGACUCUGGAGAAGAUAAGGGGAGGGGAAACCAUCGUCCUAUUUGUUGGAGGUCUUUUUUCUGCGCCAUUUUGUCCACACGCCUUGAGCUCGGUGAUUGGGUUUUGUGGAUCGGUACUGGAGCCAAUCAGAGGGGAAUCGGGCGGCGGAGAAACGAACAUUAGAGGACGGCAGUGAGCGGAUCCAGGGAGCCAUCAUGGAACAGUACACUACCACCACCACAACCACUGGCGAGCAGAUUGUGGUGCAGGCAGCCAGCGGACAGAUCCAGCAGCAGGGCACCGUGACCGCGGUCCAGCUGCAGACCGAGGCUCAGGUGGCCCCCGCCUCGGGCCAGCAGGUUCAGACACUCCAGGUAGUACAAGGGCAGCCCCUCAUGGUGCAGGUGAGUGGUGGGCAGCUCAUCACCUCCUCUGGACAGCCCAUCAUGGUCCAGGCCAUGCCGGGGAGCCAGGGGCAGACCAUCAUGCAGGUGCCAGUGUCAGGAGCACAGGGUCUGCAGCAGAUUCAGCUGGUGCAGCCGGGGCAGAUCCAGAUCCAGGGGGGCCAGGCGCUGCAGGUCCAGGGACAGCAGGGCCAGACCCAGCAGAUCAUCAUCCAGCAGCCCCAGACCGCCGUCACGGCGGGGCAGAACCAGGGUCAGCAGCAGAUUACCGUGCAGGGCCAGCAGGUGGCGCAGACUGCAGAGGGGCAAACUAUAGUGUACCAGCCGGUCAAUGCUGACGGGACCAUCCUGCAGCAAGGAAUGAUCACUAUCCCCGCAGCCAGUCUGGCUGGGGCCCAGAUCGUGCAGGCGGGCUCCAACACCAACACGACCAACAGCGGCCAGGGCACCGUGACCGUGACCCUGCCAGUGUCCGGCAACAUGGUCAAUGCUGGCGGGAUGGUCAUGAUGGUGCCAGGCAGCGGGACCGUGCCCACCAUGCAGAGGAUACCGCUGCCCGGGGCGGAGAUGCUGGAGGAGGAGCCGCUCUACGUCAACGCCAAGCAGUACAACCGCAUCCUGAAGAGGCGGCAGGCUCGCGCCAAGCUGGAGGCCGAGGGCAAGAUCCCCAAGGAGAGGAGGAAAUACCUGCACGAGUCGCGGCACCGCCACGCCAUGCAGCGGAAACGGGGCGACGGCGGCCGCUUCUUCUCGCCCAAGGAGAAGGAGGAGAUGGCGCUGGCCAUGCAGAUGCAGGGCUAGGAUAGAAGGGGUGGUUUCAAAGAGCCAGGAGCUGGCCCAGGCCGGUGAAGAGAGUGUGGGCCAGAUGAUUCGUGUGUCGUAGCAGCCGCCCACCCUUGUGCGUGCGUGUGUGUUUUUUUUUUUUGGGGGGGGGGGGGGGUUGCCCCAGCCCUGCAUCUCAGCAACCGCUCCUCAGUCUCCGGUUUUCCAGGGGGUCCCUGCUCACCUGCUCCAGGAAAACCUGAGCUCCUCAGUCAGAGUCCGUACAGUCUGCAGGAACCUGAUCUGCCAGUCUGAGCACCGUACGUCCCAUUACCCUUCCUUUUACCAGGGAAAGUAACAGGGCAUGAUGUCAUUAGCAUAUUCUAAGAGGAAAAAUUUAAAUGUGAAAUAUUUAGAAGAAUAAAUAUUUCUCCUAAAUUUCUCCCCCCUAAACAUUUUUCUUCAUGUAACACAAAUUAAGCCUCAAGCUUUGUGUAUAUGUAUACACACAGAUGCAUUCUUAUUUUUGUGUGAUCGGGCCAGGUCAAGCACUUAACUCAAAUUCUGAAACCUAAAGGCCUGGCACACUAAAUCCUUGUUGAAAGCCUGUUGACUAGAGUGAUUUUGACAACUUUAUCUGUGUGUGUGUGUGUGUGUGUGUGUGAGGGGUGGGGGUGGGGGUGGAUGGAUGAUCCGUUAGGUCUUCUAGUAUUUGUGUAUAUGUGUAAAAAAAAAAAAAAAAAAAAAAAAAACUAUUUAACUGCCUUGAUUUCACUUGGGCAGAUUCAAAACAAAAUUUCUCUUGUAUGAAUUUUCUUCAACAGAACAACAGUGAUGGGUAAACCGGAGGUGCAUGUUUUCUGUUUCUCUUAAAUUCAGCAAUUUAUAUAAAUUGCUGUGAAGUAAAACAUUGCACUUCUCAUUUCUAUGCAGGACUACAGCGGUUUUAAAGUUCUUUACAGGGGUAUUGGUGGAGUUAUGUUUUGAUCUUUUAAAAUCCCUUAACAUUUGUCAUAUUAAAUUGGUGUUAAAAUGCCAGACUGUGUGGUAACUGUGGCAUUGAAAAUGAGUCUUGCUGUUUAAUCGUUUCUCUUUGUAAAAUGUUGAUAUUUUGUUAGAUGUACAUUUAUAUAAAAUGAAUUGUUUCGAACAUUUAUUUUAAUGUUUAGCAACACAGAAUGCAGUCUUGUCCAUAGAUGUUAGACGAGGGACAUGCUAAUUGUUUUACAUCAGACUAGAGCUACAGAAACACUCAGAAUACAUUUGGUUUCCACCACUAAAUACCCCCCACCCCACCCACCUCUCAGCUCAAAAAUGCAUUGACACACAUUCAUUGAAAGUUCAUCCUGUAGAAGAAGUAUGUAUGUAUACAUGUAAACAGACCUGUGAACCCAUUGAGAAAUGGCUGUGUUAGAUGUUCGUUACUGGACUAUUUUUUUUUUUUUUAAAGAAAGCCUUUAAACUGCAAUAAGUGCAUGUUUUCUUUUUUUUUUCUCUCUCUCUCUUUUUGCCUGAUGACAGCCAACCAACAUUGGUCUUAAUUGAAUAGCAUUUUACAUAUCACACAAGUGUGACGGAAUGUAGUGAGUAGGGGUGAGGGUACUAUUUGUAGUGUGUUUCUACUUUUCUCAUCUCUGUUUAAUUAAUCAAGUAGGGAACCUAAAAUGUUGAGAUUUCCACCAGCCUCUUUUAUAAAAUCCUGUUCCAUUUGUAAGGUUACCACCAUUUGUGGGGGAAAAAAGCAUACUACUUUAGAAUAUGUCAGAUGUUAAGGUGUUUAUUGCAGUAGAGGUCAUUGUUGUAAUCUGAUUUAGAUAAUUGCAAUACUUUAAGGGCUGUUGCAUGUAUAGAUUUUUACAUUUUUUGGGAAGAAAUGGCAUAAAGCAAGCCUUCUUUAGGGGGUUAUUGUGUAUAUAUAUACUUUUUAUAUAUUGUUUGUUUUUCCUCAUGCAUGAAAAAGGUAGUUUAUGACUGUGUCUAGCCAAUAAAUUGAUUUUAUUUUGUACGUGUUUUAUAUGUUGUCACCGAAACGCAUUAUGGGUAAGAAUGUACUCCAUAUACUAGAAGUAGGUUGUACUCGUGUUAAUAAAAUUUGAAUCCCUGCUCAGUUCAACUGAACGUUUUUUUUUUAACAAUUUUGAUUUCACGUACACAUGAUGAAUUGUAAAUUGCUUUUGUAUCUGACCAGUGGGUGCAAGUAACCUGUGUGUGAAAAGGCCAGUUGCAUAAAUGGCUUGGAUGUGAAUAUGCCUGUGACUUUUCUUGUGUAGGAUAUUUCUUAUUUCUAAUUCUUGGCUACAUUUAGAAAUAAAUGCAUAUGUUAAUAAAUGAGUGAAAUGUGUGCACAUUUG